AUGGCAACCUUGCUCACGCUUCUCUACCCACUCCCGGCCGCUGGUGCUACCGCAUUUGACGUCGACUACUACCUCAACAAACACAUACCUCUUGCCCGAGACGCAUGGUCCAAGUACGGCUUGACAAAAUGGUCGGUCGUAAAGCUGACCCCCGAUACCGGCUAUGCGCUACAGACCAUCAUGCUUUGGGAUAGCCCGCAAAGCCUCAGCAAGGCAAUGCAGGAGGCGGGCGCCGAGCUCAUGGGCGAUCUUAAAAACUUUAGCACCGAGAAGCCAGUGGUUAUCCAGGGAGUAAUUGCUGCUGGAAAUAUGGACUGA